CUCCAACCACAGGGGAACUCAUUCGGCUCAGUGCAGAGAAGCUGCGUUCAAGAUCCCUGCCUUCCCCCCUCUGCAUUGCCUGUCAGUGGAGCAGCCUGAUAUGGAACGAGCGGUUGGAGGGGGUAGAGAAGAGAAGAGAGUGAGAGCAGCACUUUGGAAACCAGCUGAUCAGACCUGUGGUAUUCUGCCACAGAGGAAGAGAGGAGGAGGAGAGGGACUGUCACUUGGGAAAAUAAGAGAAGAGAACGCAGAGGAAGUCUUUUUGAGAAAAUACAAAAAGGAAAAAUAAUUAUCUCCUUCCUUUCAUGGGAAACUCAUGUGAAGAAGGGAGCUCUGUGGGAAGAUGUGAGAGCCAACUGGCAGCAGGGUGGAAAUCUGAGGAGGAAACACGUAGAAAAGGACAACCAGUACCGUUCUUGAUUUCAAGAAAACCCAUCAGUGAGUCGACAGUGGGUGGAGGAUCCCACCCAGAGGACUGAGGAGUGAUGUCGUGGCUGUCACCUGUGUCAUGGGCCAAAUGGACGUGGACGGCGGUGCGAGGGGGAGAAGGGGAGGAUGAAGAGGGGGAGGCCAGCGAGCAACGUGGAGAGAGAGGGGAGGAAAGAGAGGAGGAUGAAAGAUCUCAAGGCUUCAGCUCUGACUCAGAGGGGAAUUUUGGCACCCCUGAAGCUGCAACUCCUGUCCACGUGCCUGCAACCAUCCUGGGCGAGCUGGAGAACAACAACACUGAUGCAGAGAAAACAGACUUGGAUCAGGACGAGCACCUGAUAGUGACAGCUCCGGUUGACGAUCAGAACAGUUUUCUUAGACACAACAUGGGUCAGGAUGAGCCUGUGGUCCCCAUGGGGGGCCCACUGGAAAUAAACAUGCAGACACUAGAAGAAGAAAAAAUUGAAGAUGCUCUGGGCUCCAUGCUUGUCCCUGAUUCCUCCUCAGUGAAGGAAACUCCUCAGCAGGCCGAAUGCACAGUGUCUUCCUCUGAGGCAUCCCGGGACACAGAACCCAUCCUACAUGCAGACCCUGUCCUUGAUCUGGCUCCCGCUCAAACUGCUGCCCUAAUAUCAACCUCAGCCCCAAUCUCAGCCCCAAUCUCAGCCCCAGCUCCAAUCUCAGCACCAGCCCCAGCUCCUGCCCAAAUCUCAGCCCCAGCCCCAAUCUCAGCCCCAGCUCCUGCCCCAAUCUCAGCCCCAGCCCAAGCACCUGCCCCAAUCUCAACCCCACCCCCAAUCUCAGCCACAGCCCCGAUCUCAGUCCCAGCCUUUAUCUCAGCCCCGGCCCCAGCUUUUGCCCCAAUCUCAGACCCAGCUCCAGCCCCGAUCGUAGCCGUAGCCCCAACCCUAGCUCCUGCCCCAAUCACAGCCACAGCUCUUGCCAAAAUCUUAACUUUAGCUCCUGCCCCAAUCACAGCCCCAGCUCCUGCCCCAAUCUUAGCCCCAGCACCUUCCCAAAUCUCAGCCCCAGCUCGAGUCCUUGCUUUUGCCCCAGCACCGGACCAGGACUCAGUGCAGAGCAGUGAACCUGCACCCAGCCAAACUCUGAAUCGCCCUGAGGAAAAACCUUUUACUGUUUCAGAACCAGAGUGCAAUGGUCUCCCGAAGCAGACGGAGCCCAUUCGAAAGACUAAAACCAGCAAAUCUAAGCCUCCGGCCCUGAGGAUGAAGGUUUCGCUGGACGAGCUUGGACAAUCAAAUGAGGAACAAGAACUUCCUGUUCCCAAUGCCACAUACAACUUUGACCCUACCCAGCAGGAUGUGAGCUUUAACCCUUUUACCAGUGGUGGACCAAAAAUCCAAAACUCUCCUCCCCCAUGCAGUCCAGACUCUCUACCGAGACUUGAGCAACCUGGUAGCUCAUUUCCUGUUUGCAAGGACAGCUCAGCAUCAGAAGCACAGACGAUGGAAGCCUCACCUGAGACAAAACCUGUGAUUCUGGAGUUCGCUCUGGAUGAGGGGCCAGUCAGUAAACCACCUCCGAGGAAAUUAGGUGGGAAAAAGACAAUCAGUAAACUCACAGCUAAGAAGCAGAGGCCAAAAAGACAAGAGGCUUCCAGCAAACCUGCACCAGAACCCACAGAGCCAGAACCAGUCCCUCAACCAGAACCAGAACUAGAAUCAAUUUCCCAGGUAAUGUCGGAACCAGUUUCAGAUCCUCCCACAGAAACUUCUUUGCCAGCUUCAGACUCUGCCGCCCCAUUGAACCUUGACGACAUUCCUAUUCCUAAAUCAGGAACUUAUAACUUUGAUCCCAACCAGUGGGAUGACCCGAACUUCAAUCCGUUUGGCAGUAACAACAACACGAGCGGCUCUCCUGUGCUCCCUAAGGGGUCUUACAGCUUCGACCCAGACACAUUUGAUGACUCUGUGGACCCUUUUAAAUCCUCCAAAAGCCUGAGCACAGAGGAAUCGUCCAGUAGCACCGCUCAGCCCGAGAAGAAAGUGAACGACGAAGUAAAGCAGAAAGCUGGGAACUUGCCUGGUGAGAAGAAAGUGAGGCAGAUUCCCAAGAAAAGCAAAGAGAGGAAUUCCUGUAAAGUACAGAAAUAUGAUGAAAGCCAGGCCCUGGUGCUCGAUGUGUGUAAUCAGGGGGAAGACGAGGUGGUGGUUCAGACCCCAGAGAUCACCCAGCGGGUUCAUCAUGCCACCGAUGAGGAGAAGUUGGCCUCCACUGGCUUCAUGGGCCAGACAAUGGAGAGCCAGGAGGAGAAGGGAGAACCUGAAUACACUAAAGCACCAGUUGAAGUUACUGAUGGCCCUAAGACAAAGGGUUCAGAUCAGCAGGAUGAGAAGGACCCCUGCAGCCUGAAGGAAGAUAUAAGUGAGAUAUGCACAAACCAAACCAUAAUGAUGAGAAGCGCCAAUGCCACAGACCCAGGAGCCUUGAACCAGGACAACUUACCACUGAGUGAGAUGGACAAGGCUGCAGUUCUCACCCUGAUCAGAGAAGAGAUAAUCACUAAAGAGAUUGAGGUGAACGAGUGGAGGAGAAAGUGCGAGGAGAGCAGGGCUGAGGUUUUUGAGAUGAGGAAAAUAGUUGCAGAAUAUGAGAAGACAGUUGCACAGAUGAUUGAGGACGAGCAGCAGCAGAAGACGCUGUCCUGCAGUAAGUCAGUUAGGCAGCUGACCUUAGAGAGAGAUCAGGCUCUUGCUGACCUCAACUCAGUGGAGCGCUCCUUCGCUGACCUCUUCAGGAGGUAUGAGUCCUUGAAGGGAGUCCUGGAAGGCUUCAAGAAGAAUGAGGAGGUGCUUAAGAAGUGUGCACAGGACUACCUGAUGAGGAUCAAGCAGGAGGAGCAACGAUACCAAACCCUCAAGGUUCAUGCUGAGGAGAAACUGGACAAGGCGAAUGAAGAGAUAGCCCAGGUGCGAGGCAAGGCCAGCGCAGAGGGCAUGGCUCUGAGUGCCAGCCUGAGGAUGGAGCAGAUGAAAGUGGAUUCACUUGAAAGAGCUGUGCUUCAAAAGAAUCAAGAGAUCGAGGAGCUCACCAAGAUCUGCGAUGAACUGAUCGCCAAAAUGGGAACAGACUGAUAGGCCGACUUGUGAUGUAAAUUCUGUACAGGACAUCUCAGCGUUCUCUUUGUCAGCUCAUAUGUUUAAAUAAUUGGAGAUUAUUGAAAUACAAGUUGAGAGAUGGUUGCACUUUCUCGUGAUAUUUUCAGAAUGAAAUAUAAAGCAGAUAUAUGUCAAUGUGUAAUUUAAGAAGCACAAAGUUAUCGUGAGGGGUAUUUUAAUAAUUUUGAAGGAGAAGUAAGGUGAUUAUAUUCCUACUAUGAUUUGUUGAUCUUUGAUUUUGGAUUUAAUUAAUUAUUUUGAGGUUAAAUGAUUAGUCAUGAUGUUUUUCAUCUUCUCCUUUUUUUUCCAACAACAACAUUUUCUUUCUCUUAGUGGAAACUAAGAGAAAGAAAAUAUGCACAGAUACUUUUGACCACAGAAGUUCUACAGUGUUCAAUCUGAUACCGGAAGAACAAAUGAGUGUAUUAAAUUAAAAAUUUGAUGGUAUUUCAUUUGUGAUACAGAUAGUUUUGCUCUGCUGUUUAUUUUCUAUCAUCAGUAAAUGAGCUGGAAGUAAUAUUACAGAUAUUUUUAUAAACUGCCUUUUACAUUUGAUCAUUAUUGUUUCACAGAUUUUGAAGUCAAACCACAAUGAUUUUACAUCUUGUACAUUUGACCCCCUUACAUCUCGGGGAUUGGGAUCGGGAAAUUUCAGGAGCACUUAUGAAGCCGAAACCAUUUAACUCAGCUAAAUCAUAUUUCAUUUGAUGGGAGUUUGAUGAUGGGUGAAGAUGAAAGUUUCAAGUAGUAAAACUUUGCUUAUUACUCUUAAUAAUGAACCAUGUGCCAAGAUUAAUUUUCGCUCCGCAUUUGAGUGUGAAAAAGCACAGUCUGACGCUGCCAUGUAGAUAUAUUUGGAUCGUAUUGAUAUUUUAUGUGUGUGCUCACAUGUUGCUCGUGUGCCUUUAUUUUGUUUAUUAUGAAAAAGAAAGUUUGUCCCACCUCAUUGUUUCCAAAGUCUGUUGCCAAAAUGUAUAUUUGUAGGACUAAGUACAACAGUGAGUCAGCAUGGGUUUACAGUUAUAAUGUUUUACCUGCGGUUAAAAAACAAUGAUUUAUCUGUGCACAAGAUGGACCACAUUACUCUGUGAUUUGGGGGCAGUUUAUGAUCAUAUCUCGAGUGGACAUCGUCUGGUCAGAUAGCACUCAGAUAUGUAUCAUAUACAAAAGACAGGUUUUUGUAUAGAAACCUUAUUUCAUGUCAGCACAAUCACUUGUAAAAUGUCUGUGGAAACCGAGAUGGGUUUCAGUGUGACCUAUUGUGUUGGUGUUACAGUGAAGGUGCUUUUCAAUGCAAACCCAUUGUUACAUUAUAAUAUGCGUGAAUUUUAUACUUUACGAAAAGAAUAUUAUGAAUUCCAUUGCUAAUAUUUGUAAACUUGAAGAAUUAAUACGAAUAUACUCAGAUUAUUUUGUGCAUUCCUGAAUAAAUGGUUUAAAAGAUUUAAUAUGA